GGCGGGAUGGGGGAGCAAUACGACCCGGAAUCGAUUUGGUUGUUGUGGUGACAAAGCAAUAACCCAUAUGUGGAGAAGCUAAUAGCUCAAUUUGGAUAAAUCAGAAGAAGGUAUGGUUAAUUUGCGCCACUACCAUUUGAUAUCUCAUUAUCAUGAAUUAAGUUAUCAUCAUCGUUAUUAAAUACCAAAAUCAAUCCAAGCAACAGUUCUUCAUCCAAAGAUGUUCAGAAUGCUCCUCAUCAAUGGAAGAUCAAGAGCCGUGAUAACGAUGUAAUUGCACAUAUUUGCGCCCCUAGUUCUUAUCCGUUUGAGGGGCAUAGUCGUGUAUUUUUAGCAUAUUUUACGCCGGGUUGUGCUAUUUUGUCAUAUUUCAGGUCCCAGGCGUCGAAGGAAAGGCUAAGCACGAGUUUCGGGGCAUUCGAAAGUCAUUCGGUGAAGCUGGAGUCAAAACACGGGCACACCUAAAGCAGAACACGGCCGUGUUCCUAGGCCGUGCUUUUACUGCUGAGAGCUAAUUUGAGUUAAAAAAGCACGAGCUCAAAACACGGGCAGGGUUGAGGAAAAGCACGGCCAUGCCCACCAAAAGCACGCCCGUGUUUUCCCCAACAGUCUGGCCGUGUAAUUAAACCUUGCCAAAACACGGGCGGGCUGAGGCAAAACACGACCGUGCCCUCGACCGUGUUUUGCCCAGUGAUGCCUUUUUAAGCAGAUUUCAGCCAAAAGAAAAGGGGAUUCGAGUUUGGAGAGAGAUAGAGUGAUUCCUAAAGAGAGAAAGCGACGAACAAGAGUCUCCAAGUGCCCUGGCUUGAUCUUCAUCACCAUUGGAGCUUGGCUUGAGCUUGGAGGAGUGCCAAUCAACGUCGAGGAGCAGGAAUCCAUCCUUCACAGUAUGAAUUCCGCGUCUGAUUCUGCUUUUGCUUCUUUCUCCAUGGAGUAGUUCUCCCAUUCAUCUGGGUAUGGAGAACCCUAGAUUUGUAUGUUAGGUUUGAUUGUAUGAACCCAAGUACUGAUUCUUAUAUUCAAUUGAGGUUUGAAUGAUUGAAUGACUUGAAUCCUGAUCAAAUUCCUGUUGUUUCUACUUUAACCUAGAAUGAGAAUAUCUGCCUAGGUUGAUAGAGCAUCCUUGAUUGAAGGCAGGGAGUUGGUGACUUUAGUCGAGGAUCCAACUCACUAUUCUUACCGAAUUCACUUCAGUAGUGGAGGUUUUGUUGUUAGGGCCUCAAUCUGUUUACUCCGGUGGAGGUUAGUCGCCCGCUAGAGACUCAGAUUGAGAGGGUCUGAAGACCUUUAGUCGACACUUCAGGCUGUUUAAGAACCUUCCGCAGUAUAACUAUCAUAGAAACUGAACUUGGUAAUUGCAAUCCGGCUUAACUGCAGUCUAGGGGGAACCAUAUCCGGGUGACCUCUCUUAACCUGAAUACAACAGUUUACUUGCUUUGUUUGUUUAUUAGUUUAGACUUGCAUUAAAGUUUCAUUGCUAGAUAACAAGAAUUCACUGAGUAGUCAUCAAAUCUAGGACCCGGGUUGACAUUUAAACCCAAACCCGCUAUACUACACUUUAGGAAGUGGUUUCACUUGGCCAAAUCCUGGAGUGACAGUAGAAGUGAUUCAAGCCGGAAGAAGGAAACUAUUCGAUUGAUGUUCCUCUGGCGGCGGGGUGCUUCCAUUGGUGGCGAGGAUUAACAGCUCCGAGAUAAGCUCCUCACCGAACAUCUCGAACGACGAGGAAGAGGCAGUCGGCGGCUCGGAAUAAGGCUCCAUGUCGGCCAGCAGGGGAAAGGAGGCAGAGAAGAUGGAGCGGUGGCCGUCGGUGGACGGCCACGUUAACCGACAAACGUUCUUCCAUAAAUUAUCCUGCGAAGCGAGCGAGCUGAGCUCCGUGGAGGUGCAAGCGGCGGAGAGGAGAGCAACUCCGUCGAGCCUCGUCAGGAUGUGUGUCCGGAGAAUGUUCAAGUGGGGAUUUGACCGGGAAAUGUUAAUUUCUGUUGAUUGACGUUCCCCGGCGGAUGCUUCCAGUGGUAGCGAGGAUUAUAAAAAAAAUUUCAUUUUUUUAAUUUUUUAAUGGUUGCAAUAAUGAGGUGGAAAUUUAAAAAUCUUAAAUAUUAUUUUUAAUUAAUUUUUUAAUUGUCACAUCACUUAUUUAACGGUCAACUAUAAGGGUUGACUGCCACGUAAACAAAAGUUAACGGAAAUGGACGGAGAGUGACUAAACUUGGAAUAUUUAACUAAUUUUAAUGAUCACUAAUGAAAUUAAAUAUUUUUAGUGACCAAACAUGAACGUUUUUAGUAAUCUCAGUGACCAAUCUUGCAAUUAACCCUUCUGGAUACAUGAUGACUUUUGCAGGUGCUGCAGUUUCAUGGCAAUCUAAACUGCAAAAAUGUGUUGCAUUAUCAACAACUGAAGUCGAAUACAUAGUUGUGACAGAACCUUGCAAAGAGAUGUUAUGGUUGAAGAAGUUUCUUCAAGAGUUGGGCAUUAAGCAAGAGAGGUAUGUGCUCUAUUGUGAUAGUCAAAGUGCAAUUCAUCUUUGCAAGAAUCCAACUUUCCACUCAAGGUCGAAACACAUAGAUGUUCGAUAUCAUUGGAUUCGUGAUGUUUUGGAAGAGAAGUUGUUGGAGCUCAACAAAGUUCAUACGGAUGACAAUGGUUCGGACAUGAUGACUAAGUCUCUACCAAGUGGAAAAUAUAUCUUCUUUCGAGAUGAAGAAGGUUUGGUGCUACCCCCCCAUAUGAGCUGGAGGGGAAAAUAUAUCUCUAGAGAGGACUUGUAAUCCCAACAAAGUCUAGUGGAGUUGUGGCUUGGACAAAGGUCCCGUGGUUUUUCCGGAUUUGGAUUUUCCACGUAAAAAUGUGUGUCUUGUGCAUUCUAUUAUUGCUUGUAGUUGCUUCCCGGUUUCUCAACAGUUUCGAUUGUGUCAUGGGUUUCCCUUUGUUAAUUAAUUGUUCCUUUUGAACGUGUCUUCACUAACCCUUCUGUACGUGACUUCCGAUUGUUUUAUGAAUUAGUGGACGAUUGUUAAUUAAUUAGUACCGAGGCGACAGUAGCAAGAACUUCAACGACGAGUCUCCGUUCCCCUCCGCAUAUCCCAAACCUAAUCUCGCCCUUCUCGGUGGGGGAGUGAUCUGGUUUCCGGAUCCGGCUGUUACGCUGAAGAUUCUAGAGCAUUCUAGUAGGAUGCAAGUACAUGCAUGCAUCUUCCGAUUCAUGCACCAAUGUACAUGCAUCCCCUUAUCUAUCUUUUAUUCAUGCACCUUAUUUAUUAAAUUCAUGUAUGGGGU